AUGGCGGUUGCUGAUUCAGCAGCUCAUGCGGCGUUGUCAGUGACGGAUAACGCCAGCGUUCUUAUAGAGAAGAUUUUGAGGAUGAGUCCUGACAUCGGUAAGAUAUACGUUGUGGUGAAGGCCAAGGAUACUGAAGCGGCUCUGAAGAGGUUGCAAAACGAGGUGGUAGACACAGAACUGUUCAAAUGCUUGCAAGAAAUCCAUGGGAAAGACUAUCAGAGCUUUGUUGCAAGUAAGUUGGUUCCUGUCAGCGGCGAUAUCAGGGAGUCCAGUGUAGGAAUUGCCACAGAGCUUGCCAAUAAGAUAGCAGAGGAAGUGGAUAUUAUUGUGAACAUUGCGGCGAAUACCACUUUCGAUGAAAGAGGCAAGGCGUUGUACUUGGGAGAAACAAUAUCAAGUAGGUUAGGCUCUUCAUCAGAUUUUUCAGAACGUAAAGACGCUGUGCUAUAUAUCGAGGCAGAGAUAAAGCUGGCUUUUCACUGUAGAAAACAACCCGAGAAUUCUGCCUCUUUUCACAAAGAAAUGAAAGAUUUAGGAACACAGAGGGCAAAACUCCACGGCUGGGAAAAUACAUACGUGUUCACCAAGGCCAUGGGGGAGAUGGUCAUCAAUGCCAUGCGAGGACAGAUACCAGUGGUGACGAUGAGGCCGAGUAUCAUCGAGAGCACCCUCAAGGACCCCUUCCCAGGUUGGAUACAAGGGAAUAGGAUGAUGGAUCCCAUUAUCGUAUACUAUGGCAAUGGCCAGAUGAGUUGUUUGCUCGCAGAUCCUGACUGUGUUGUCGAUGUGGAUGGUUUGCACAAGUGGACAAAUAACAAGUGCAUAUACGGGACUAAAAAUUAA